AUGGAUGCCGAUGUCGAUGAGAUCGAUGUCGAUGAUGACGAUGACGACGAUGCUGGCGUAUUUAGCAUCGCCAAUGACCGCCAAAGUGAGGACGAUGAUACCCGCACACGUUCUUUUGCAGUGCACACGAAGCGCACUGCUGUUCACAAGGAUGAAUCAGCAGAGGAAUUUCUGCUGACUCGCGAAGCGGUUGUCCGCUUCGUUCAAGACUCUAUUGCAGAUGCAUGA